AUGCCGCUUGGACGCCUCCUGUUCGGUUCGCAGCUGCCUACGCAGCAGUGGCGGAGCGUAUUUGGGGGCGUGCACCCGACGCUCGCCCGGUCUGCGCAGAAACGGUUCUUCAGUGGAGGCGCCGCGAAGCCGGGUUGGCGCGUCGCCCGUGAACACCGCUUCGGGCCGACGCUUCCGGACCACGCGUACUACGGCGAACAUGCCACGUUCAACUACUUUGUUCUCUUCAUCCGGGGCAUGCGACCCUACCUGGAAAAAGUUCUUGGAGACUGUGCUCUCACGAUUAAGAACGCAGCGCUCGCCGUGUAUCGGCCGGUCACCGCCUUCGUCGUGAAGCACAACCCCGAACUGAGACUGCAAUUCGUCGCUUUUGCGUCAUUCAUGGCCACUCACAUGGCGAUCACGAAGCAGUUCAACGACAUGUAUCAGCGCCUCGUGGACGUCACCUCGCUGCUGGAGCUCCAGGCGGCGCAGUUGCAUGCAUCUGAGGGCUUCUGGGAGAGUGAGUCGGAGCAACAAGAGGCGCGUCUUCAGCGCCAUGCCGAGCACAUGAAGGAUCUGGAGACAACGUGGGAAGAGGCCUUGAGAGAAGCCACCUUGUCGAGGAACUUUGACAUUCUUGUGCGCUCUUUGAGUCACGGACUCUCGGACGGUUGUGGAGAGCAUGGCAGCGACUGCACGGAAGGGACCGAACGCGAGGGGACUCAUGGGGCGCAUGCGAAGGCGGGCCACGGUGCAUCCGAUGCUCAUGGCUGCUUCGGAAAAAGUGGACAGAACGGCAUUCCGCCUUCGCUCAUGUGGAACUUCAAUGCAAUGCCCUAUGGCAAGGACAACCCAGACACGAAGACAUUCCCAAUCCCGGACCACGAACAGCCAUAUCGCGCCUUUUCUUUGGGUUUCACUGCGAACAACUUGUCCGGCAACUGGGGCGACUACAUCGACAGACAAGACAACAAGAAUGCUCUCAUGCGCCCUGCUCGUAUGAUGUUCACGGAUGUCUUCAUCCCGACGACGAAAUAA